AUGGCUGAACAAGAUAUGGAGUUGCUCUACUCACUAGCUGCUGUAUUUAUGAGCAUAUUUGCUGCAGAGAUCAUUGCUGGAAUUAGUAUUAGUUUAUUUAUUGUUGCUGUAAAUGUACAAGAUUGGUAUAAAGGUGAAAUGCUGAAUUCCUGUGAUAAGAUUCUUCUUGCACUGGGUGUCUCUAAUUUCUUCUACCCAUUACUCAGUGGUCUCAUGCUCUGUCUAAGCUUGUUACAACCACAGAGCAUCUCAGAAGUCUACUAUCAGGUUGGCUACUUACUGACCCUCUUCACUGUCCUGUCCAGCUCAUGGCUGACAGCCUUGCUCUGCUUCUUUUACUGUGUGAAGAUUGUACAUUUUAAAGCUGGUCUCACUCACUACAUAAAGCUAAAGAUUGAUCUGAUAGUGCCAAGGUUGAUAUUGGCAACAGAACUGGCAUCAGCCAUUGGUAGCGUUCAUGUGGCAUGGGACUUUACUAAGGAAUAUUCAGCAAACUGUACAAACAUCACUGCAGAAAACAGUUCCUUAAUAACAUUUGUUAGCAAAAAAAAUGUGAUGCACAUAGCAAUUCCUUUGAUCCCCAGCAUUAUCACCCCAUUUCUGAUUGUGAUGGCAUCUACAAUGUGCGUUAUUUGGUCUCUAUUCCAGCACACACGUCAUAUGGCACAGAACAUGACACAAGCUAGCAGGCUCAGGGUCCAUCGGAGAGCAGCCUGGACUAUGGUGUCACUUCUCUUCCUUUAUAUCAUGUUCUAUAUGACAGAGGUAUUGUUGACAUUUGAUGCGCUGAACGCAAUCAUUGUUUUGUAUAUUGGGACAUUAAUAUUGAUGUUUUCCUGUUCACCUCUCCAAUCAAUUGUUCUCCUUUUGGGGAAUAGUAAAUUACUACAGAAGUACCAGAAGCUACUGCAAUGUAUGUCAUCCAAGAUUAAACCUGCAGAAUAA